GUGAAAAGACUCACCGGGAUUAGAACAUCAGGGCACUCAGUCCUUGCACAAAAUACAAACAAAGGGCAUUUUCGACAAUUGUACAGUUAAGUUAAUACUAUUGUGAGAAAAACAGAUUUUCGUUCAAUUGCAAUGACGCGGUCACUAUAGCGAUACGGGUAGAUACGUCGGUUCGGAUUUCACUUUAUCAUGGACAUCGAUUUUGAUCCUUACAAAUCGUUCCUCCUGAGUGGCGAAUGAUAACUCGCACUAGAUAGUAAACAACAACAACACGAGACGUAUACCAGUCCUUCCAGUUUGGUAAGAUAAAUAGCGAAGUAACAGGUUCAAUAUUAUAAUUUUUAACCGGUACAGUGGUACCAUUGACUGUAGAUAGUAUGGGGAUAGAUGGCUCACUAGCGGCAUUCCGCGCGACGGGCGACGCUCUAGCUAGGGAUAAUGCCGUUGAGAGGCGCUGAAGUCACGGAAGACCGUGGUCCUGUCGAUUGAUACCUAACCUUGAUAGUGUGGUUGUGACCAUAGACCUUAUACUACACUUCGAAGCCGGUGGUUGCCAGCGACUUGUGGAACAGCGUAUAUGAUAACGACGACAAUAGCUCUUCCCGCUCGAGUGUUAUAUUAUUCUGUUGAAUGUGCGAACGCGUGUAAACUGACGUUUAAGUGCUCGCUCAGUGCUCAUUUCCUUCUCCAAGAGAUCCAAUCGCAAAAGCUUGGCCGCCGCGCGAAGCACACACAACUGAUUGCGGCCGAACGGCGCCAAUUACUUACUUGAUUAGUGGGGAUAAGCAAAACGCACAGCUUUUUGUCGGGCAGCAGUAUUUUCUUUUGCUGAAUUAUUUCGCCAACUUCUUUAAUAAGAAUCCGAAGUCCAGCGAUACGUCAUCAAGUUUAAUUUAGCAAAAUUAUGCCUCGUCAACGAAAAGAUGUCACGAUUGAUUAUAAAACCAUUAUAUCAAUGAUGAGACAUUUUGGAAUACAUCAAUACACUAUGACUAUUUUAAAGCAACUAUCGGGAUUCAACCACCAAUGCGUAUCAGUCAUUUUUGAAGAAGCUAUAUUAUGUGCAAGAAAGUCUAACAGAAAAAGAACAAAUAUUAAAGAUCUCCAAACGGCAAUUUUAAAGGCAAGAAAUGGCACUAUUCCUGUUAUUUCUCCACAUAAAGAUACCGGACAAAAGCGUGAUAUCAUUGAUACUGAUAUUGAAAUAAUAAAUGAUAAGUUAAGCAAAAUAUCGGUUAAAAAAUUUAAUCGACAAUUGGAUGAUACUUUGCCUGACUUAGGCUAUUUUGAUUUAGAAGAAUUUAUAAGAAGCAUACAAGCCAAUCAAGAUACAAAUGAAAAAAAAUUCGAUGUGGAUUCCCUAUUAAACGACCCUCAUUCGUUAUAGUAUAUAUAUAUAAAAAAACUGCUUUAUUAUCUGGUUAUUUUGUAAACCAUUUUAUUCCUUGUAUGUACAAUAUUUUUACUCCUUUUCUAUUAUUUAUUGAU